AGCCAUUUUGGCUCAAGCCCCCCGCCGCCGCCGCCAAUCCCCCAGCGGCGGCGUCAAUGAUGCGGCUCCGCCUGCCGGCGUGCCACCUGGCGCUGCUGGCGGGGUGCGUGGGCUCUGCGGGGGCGCGCCUGCGGCUGGCGUCGCCCUCGCUGGUCGGCGACGGCAAGGGAGGAGACCACCCCUGCGUCGCGGUGAUGCGCGAGACGCAGGCCGUGUGCAAGCCAGAGCCAUACGGCAAGUCCAGCGACCAGUGCAAUUUCGCGCUGUGCCACACCGCCGACCUGAACCGCGGCCGCUGCGCAGACGUCGUGACCACGGGAGCCCCGAAGAGCGUGAAUUUCCCGGACGACCUCGACAAGCUCCUCGAUUUCCACGCUGUGGACUGCCAGGAUGGAGGGCAGGGCGGCAAGGGAGUGCGCAACGCCAUGUACGACUGCGGCAAGGUGCCCCCCGACGGGACGUGGACCCCGCGGGACGAGCCGACGGCGGCUUUCCUGGCACAGUUCGCGAGCCGCAGCCCCGCCUCCGCCCGCACGUCGGGCCUGCUCGCGUGCCUGCGCGCGCGGGCGGCCCCGCCACCGUGAGCGCCGCGACCCCGUCUGCGCUGCGGGUGCCUCCGCCUUGGGACCGACGCGCCCCCCCCCCCCC